AUGGGUGUCCAAAACAAGCGGACGCUGACAAAGACCCGGCGGUACAGAAGGGAUGUCGACCAGAUAAAGGCCGAUCUGCUAUCGCCCAAGCACCUCAAGCAGUACAAGGACACCAAGCUGGUCGAGGACCUGCCCGCCCUGGGCAAGCACUACUGCGUCGAGUGCGCAAAGUGGUACGAGGCCGAGUCGGCCCUCGUCGCCCACAGGCGCGGAAAGCCUCACAAGCGGAGGGUCAAGCAGCUGAAGGAGGAGCCGUACACGCAGAAGGAGGCCGAGGCCGCCACGGGCCUGUGGACCGACAACAAGGGCCCUGGGAAGCCCAAGACCGACGACGUCGACAUGUCCUGA